AAAUAUUUUUUUACGAAGGGUUGAAAUAACAUAAGACCAAACCAGAGAUCAUAUUAAAAUAUUCAUUGUAUAGACAUGAACUGAAUAUGAAAAUUUAAAUUUUACCGUAUUAAUGUAAUAUAAUUUUUACCGUUUUAAUGGUUUCAACGGUAAUAAAAAUAAUUAUUAUCAAAUCUCAAGUACAUUUUGUACUGAAGAUAAUAUGAAAAUGUAACUUAAAGCAUCAUAAGUAAUGAUGAUAAUGACAAUCAUUAUCAUGACUGUCAUUAAUAUUACUUGAAUGUAAAUCGUUAUUUCUAAACUAUCUUCCUUCUUGUAUACAUUCCCUGCACCCACUGACAUGCAUGUGCAUAGUUGCGAUCCGGAAAAUGUCGAUACAACUUUUACAUUUACCCAUGAAAACAAACACUUGAUACUAAAUCGUUGCAAUUAUUUCAACCACGUGAUUGUUUUGCUCUGCGACGAACAUACCAAAACACAAAUUAUCCUCAUUAGCUAUUUCCUGUCUGUGCAUUUGAUAGUUCAUUUAUGAAAGGUCAUGAGGUCAUACAAAAACAUGGCGGACGGAACUGAGUUGCGGAAAUGGAACAUUCGACUCUCACUCUGAAUGAAAGGAUUCGUUGUUCUGUAGAGUGAGCUUUGUACAAAUCACCCCACCGGAACCAAACCUACAGCCAUGAAUGUUUCUUAGCUAUCAUUUAACCAUGAAAGCGUGGAAAGGAGCGCUAUUCGCGCUUCUUGUGAUGGUUGUCGCUUCCAUACUUUUUUUCGGAUACUUUUGUUUUGAUUCCAAUUCGUGCGCUCUCACACACCAGAGCGUCACACCGGCGUAUAGAUCAGAUCUUGAUGCAUUUCUAGCUGGAGCUUAUAACAGACACACUUUCCGUGAAAAGGACGUUGUCCGAGAUUUAGACGUCAAUACCGAAGAGGAUGUGUUUGUUUUCCUUCAUAUUCAGAAGACUGGUGGAACGACAUUUGGUAAACAUUUGGUGGAUGAUCUUGAUGUGGACCCUCCGUGCUUCUGUUAUAAGCGAAAAAAGAAGCAUUGUGACUGUUAUACGAAGAACAGGAAGAUUUGGUUGUUCAGUCGCUUCUCCACGGGGUGGUCGUGCGGCCUUCACCCUGACUGGACAGAGCUGACCGCUUGCGUUGAUGCAAUGAUGAAUAAGAAAGAAAAAAUGAAAAGAAGAAGAAGAUAUCUGUACAUCACAAUCCUUCGAAACCCGGUGAAGAGAUUCCUGAGCGAAUGGAUGCAUGUCCGCCGGGGUGCGACGUGGAAGACGGCCACGCUAGCCUGCAACAAAAGAUCUGCUACACUGGAAGAGGUGCCGUUCUGUUUUGACACAGUUGACUGGAAAAACGUGUCAAUAGACGAGUUCAUGAACUGCCCGCAUAACCUGGCCAUAAAUCGCCAGUCUCGAAUGCUGGCCAAUUUAACCCUGGUCAACUGCUAUAAUACGACCGGAAUGUCGACAGAGGAGCGGAAUGCCAGAAUUUUAGCAAGUGCAAAAGAAAAUCUACGCAAAUUGGCCUUUUUCGGCUUGACCGAGGUCCAGAAUUUGACUCAGAAGUUGUUUGAACACACCUUUGGAUUAGAGUUUGCUGACGACUUCGUCCAGUGGAUGUCAACCAGGAGUAGCCAGAGUGGCCUGUCCAAGGCAGUUAUUGAUCGAAUUAUUGAAUUAAACAGAAAUGAUAUAUACUUAUAUCAGUAUGCAAAAGAUUUGUUUCAUCAGCGGGUUACAAAAAUGAUGAAGGAGAUGGAUUCCAACCAUUCAAACCUUGAUUUGAAGACUUUGAAUAAGGAUGAUGACCUUGUGAUUUAAACAAAAACUAUGGAGGAAGGAAAAGAAGAGUUAACCGAAGAGCAGAUGGAAAAUGUCUGCAUCUCUGUUGUCAAGACAACCGGCUUCAUUGACAGUUGUAUUUUCACUUUAUUUUAAUGUUAGUUGUAGCUAUGUAAUGUCUCAAUCUGUGUGUCAUGAAAUAUUGUGGUUUCUAUCAGCCAAAACAAAUUUUGGCUCUUUUCAAUAGUGAAUUAAGGAAAAACGAUAACAGUGAAUAGUUGGAACAUUGUUUUCUUUGUGUUAAUUUUCCAAAGCUGUGUUCGGAAUUAAGUCCCAGUGGUAAAGUGAUAACAUUGAUGUUAAAAGCAGAAGCUUUAGGGUGUCCCUUGAUGCAAAUUUUACAGCAGGAACACACACCACCCCAUCCAACCCCACACUGAACAGGAAGAAAUUUUAUUUCCAGUAGUAUGUCGGGGGCACGGGUGGCCCAGUCGUCUAAGGCACAGCGAUUCGCUGUGCAGAGUUGCGGCCCUUGGGCACGCCAGAAACCUAUGAUUGUGGGUUCGAAUCCCGGUUCACCCCCGAUUAUGUUUCU